GCCAGACCCGAGCAAAAAGAAGGACGAAGAGCCAGCUCGAGCUCGGCGGUCGGCAAGGGGAGGGAGCCGCGAUGGAUCUAGACGAAGGCCAGGAUGUGCCCAUGACCGAGGCGGCCCUGGAGCCCCCGUCGCUACCUUCGCCCAGGAAGGGGUCGGACCUGCAGGCUCGGCACACGGGCCCGCUGGUGUGGCUGGUGCUGUUCGUGAUGUGCCUGGUGUCGCGCACCUUCAGCCGGCUCGUGCUGCUGGCGGUGGGCGCCCUGCACCCGGCCUACCUGUCGUGCAAGGCGGUGCGCGCGCGCAGCCCGCGCGAUUACGUGCGCUGGAUGAUGUACUGGGUGGUGUUCGCCGCCUUCCUGUGCGUCGAGCCGCUGGCCGACCUGGUGUUCGGCUGCUGCCUGCCGCUCUACGCCGAGCUCAAGAUCGCGCUCGUCUUCUGGCUCCAGUCGGGCACCACGCGCGGCGCCAGCCUCGUGUUCCGCAAGCUGGUGCUGCCCGAGUUCGCCCGGCGCGAGGAUAGCAUCGACUCCCACCUGGGACAGCUGCACACGAAGGCGUCGCAGGUGGGCGCGACGACCAUUCGCUACGUGACCCAGGCGGUGAUGCAGACAGUGUUCAGCCACAUCCGCGACAACUACAGCGCGGCCGACCUCCUGUCCUCCGAGCUGAAGCUGAACCUGUUCGACCCGUUCGAGGGUUCGUCGUCCCUCGAGGAGCCCUCGGAGAUGGCUCUCGGAGACCAGGGCGGUCGUCGCAAGGCGCACCGGCGUGGCGAGGACGAGGCCAAGAAGCGCAAGAUCAAUGCCAUGUAGGGGCCGGUCCAGGGACAGGAUCCCGUGGUGUGCGACGCUUUCCCUCCCUUCCUCGGGUAGCAAAAUUAAAGUGUGAAAGAAUGUACCCCAAGAGCUAACAGGAAGCAGUCCUCUAGAAAUGGUUGUAUGCUUCCGUUCAGAGGUAUCGGGGCCAACAGUUCUCAAUCGGCGACUUCCCCGGGGAAGAGCCCGCUGCGCAAGAUAUCGUCACUGCGACCAUUGCUGCGUGUUAAAAUUUGCAAAAGGUUCGUGACUAAAUCGUGGAGCAGUUCCUAGUAACAGGACGAAGAGGAUCCCUAAGAACGAUGUCAUGUGCUUCGGUUCUCGCAUGGUUACUUGGGCAUAAAAUUGUCAAUUAAUCUGA